UUCUACAUAUUUUAAUUUGGUGUUUUUUCUUCUUCUUUUUUUUCGUCGAAAUAUCUUUAUUCACCCCGGAAUCAUUUUAUCGUCGGCAACGUGUACAUCAUCACAGCAUCGACAUGCCGGGCUGACCCAUAUGGUGUGUGUUUUGGUUUGGGCUUGGACUGAGGAUUCUUUACAGAAAUGGAGGAGCUAACCUAUGUUGAGACGUUAAAAUUCAUUGUGGUGUGUUUUAUGUGGUAUAUAUUCAGUGCCGGAGGAAACAUCAUCGGGAAGUUGGUGCUGAACGAGAUUCCGUAUCCUAUGACAGUUACAAUGACGCAACUCGUCUCCAUCUCUGUGUACAUGGAACCCAUUCUCUGGUGUUUACAGACCCCUAACACGGGGGACAUUCCCCGGGGUUACUAUUACAAGCUCAUCCUUCCUCUGGCGUUCGGGAAAUUUUUCUCAUCCGUGUCCUCACAUAUCAGCAUAUGGAAAUCGACAGUCUCUUAUGCUCACACAGUGAAAGCAACACUGCCAUUAUUUACUGUUGUCCUGUCGAGGGUCCUGCUGGGAGAAACUCAGACUCUUCCUGUUUAUUUGUCUAUUGUGCCUAUCAUUGUCGGUGUCGUGGUGGCGACGUUGACAGAAAUCUCCUUUGAAAUGCUGGCAUUGUUCAGUGCAUUAAUAGCCACAUUAGGCUUUUCUCUACAAUCUAUUUUUUCCAAAAAGUGCCUAAAGGACACGGGUAUAAACCACCUGCGACUCCUUGUCUUGCUGAGUCGGAUUGCCACGGUUUUCUUUUUUCCUUUUUGGCUUUUGUUUGACUUUAGAAACAUCGUCAACAGUGACAUCUUGGAGAAUACGAAUUUGAUGAAGUCUCUUCUGUUGCUGUUGAUGGAUGGUGUUUUUUACAUGUUGCAUAAUGUGUUUGCAUUUACUGUGAUUGCCAUGGUGGCUCCCUUGAGUUACUCGGUGGCAAAUGCGAUGAAGCGGGUUGUGAUCAUUGGUGCCUCUCUGUUCCUGCUCAGGAAUCCUGUCACCAGUAUGAAUGUGGUGGGCAUGCUUGUGGCCUGUUUUGGAGUUCUUUGUUACAAUAAGGCCAAGUUUGACCAAAACCGGGUGCGGCGCAGAGCGGAGACCUUGCCUCUUGUGCACAGUGAGACAAACCUCCAAGCCCAUCUAAAUCCCAAGGGUCUGCCACACUCAAAGACCGAGGUCAAUCUGUUAAACAGAAAUGGCAUGAUUCACCCAGAGGACCAUAUUUUAUUACAGAACAAUGUAAGUGUGGAUCAUGUGACCCUGUUUCCUCCCAGCAACCCUUGGUCUGUCAAUCAAACUCAUUCCAGACACGCCCCCUCGUCACACUCCGGUGAUCAGUCACACUUGGUGGCUAGGGGAUCACACAGGAUAUUUGAAGUAUAGCUGUUGUGGACUUUGGACUUUUCUUAAAGUCUUUUGAAACUAACAAUUUUCCCCAUUAAAACUUUUUUUUCAUAUAUUUUUUUUUCUUAUAUAAGAGCUUUAUUGAGCACUUGAAUAUGAAGAUUAACAUAUCUCAUGGAUAUCUUUAUCAUAAAUUCCAUGAAAUUGAAUAGUGGUGUGUGCAAUAUGUAGUUCAUUUUCUUUUAAAGCCAUCCUUUUUGAGAAUUAAUUUUAGAUUUGCUCAUACAGUUUUCAUUAUAGUCUACUAAAGAUUUCAUUUUUUUUAAAGUAAAUAAAGUGAAAUCAAAGAAGAUUUUGUCAUUUGAAUGAAAAUCAUGAAGCGUAACAUUAAAUUUCAAUUCUAGUGUGGACAUUAAAUUCAGCCAUGUAAUUUGUGUAUGUGUGAUGGGGAUAGACUAAUACUAUAGCGAUACAGGGACCAUGUAUAUUGCCUGUGAUCACUGUUUACAGUGGUUUAUAGUGAUAUUGUUUUGUUUUUGAUGCAGCUCUGUAGAGAAUGGUAAGCCUGUCACACACUUGUGUAUUAUUUAUUAGUUUAUUAGUCUUCCUGUGUGUAUUAAUUUGGUGUGUGUAUUUAAGAAAAACAAAUUUCUCAAUUUUGAAAGUUCAUGAGGGUAUCAACUGUUACGCUUCACACCGCUGGCUUACUUAGCACUUCAUGAAGAGUACGCCGGCCUGAAACAUUGUAGUCCAUAUCCUCAUGUAUUUUCAAAAAUGAAAUUUACUUUUUAUAUUUAUGUUCUACUUUCAUCUCUGUCAGAAUUUCCAGUUGUUAAGAUAAACAUACUAUAUUUAUAUCAAGAUCCAUAUGCAUUUUGUUCACAACUGUGCUGUAUUUUAUGAGGAAGUAGCUUUCAUUACAAUUUGUAAAGAUAUCAAAGGCAAAAACAUAAAUGUAUAAGAUAGUUUAGAUUUUUCCCUCUCUUCAACCUUGGGCAACAAUUUCCCAGGUCUUCUCCCUACCUCGGGGCAACAUUUGAAUGUUACCCAAGAAGCCAUGCAAUAAGUGUAUGCUGUUUUAUAAGCACACACCUUCUUCUAUACAUGUAUAUCGGCUACAUAUAUCUUUAUUUUGUAUUAUUCCCAGCAUUAUACACUUGUUAUCAUUUCUUCACAUAGGGCAGUCAUUCAUCAAAUAUUAAUAAUCAUUUUGAAGAGCCAAAAUAAAAGUCCAUGUGCACCAACAGAUUUGCAGUAUUGAUUUUACGUCUUAAUCAAAAGCUUUUUUAGUUGCUCUAUGUUCAUACUUAUAAAUGCUUUCCAAAAAUGGAGAGGAAUUUAUGACAGUAAUGAGUAGUUUUAACAUCAGCAGUUACAUUUACUAGUAAUACAGAAGGAGGUAACAAUUUAUUAACCAAAAGUGUACUCUUCCUAUCAGCUUAUUGAUGAAGUGCUUUCACUGCCCACAAAUAUUAAGGUAUACAUGUAGCAACAGAACUGUAGCUCUGGUUAAAACCCAGUGAGUUACCGACCUGCAGGUUAAGGUGCUAUUGUGUACAGAAAUAUUCAGCACUAACUCUUGUCAUUAAUAUUGUCGUAAUCGGAAAUUGUUGAAGGUGUAGACGACAUCUUAAGGACAGUGUAUGAUCUACAACAGUACUUAUUUACAAUAGUACUAUGUACAACAGUAAUUCUGUAUAACAGUGCUAUGUACAGCUUUGAAUAUGCUUUUACUUAUUUCAUGCAGUGUUCCCAUUUUGUUGUUGUCCUUUUUCUAUGUUACAGACAGGUUAUAUUCACUGCAAUUUUGAUUUUUUUUCUUGUUCAGUUAAACUGCAGCUAAAAGAUGACUGUUUACACAGUUUGGUGCUGAAAUGUAUUUGCAGAUUAUAUGAACUUUUGCACUAAAUCCAGUUUUAUUUAUGGACUCGUGCUGUUGGCUGCAUAAUGUAUAUUCUAUGGCAGCUUUGACUUGUCCAUAGACUUGUGACAUCGAUACGUAUUGUAUUCACAUGAAACGCAACAAAGGAAAUGGCAAUAUAAGUUUUGUAAAUUGAAUAACAAAUUCAAACUUUAAUUUGAAACCUUAUGCAUUGUUUGAUGUUUAAUUAGUUAAAUUACAUAUGAUGGUUGACAAAAUUAUCAUUAGUCCUUUUAAGAACAUCAUGUUUUUUUUCAUUCUCCGUAGAUUUUUUUUGGUGUUAGUCGAAUUUUAGAAUUAGAUUUAGAAUUAAAUUUGAUCAUUACAUGUUUUUAUUUACAUUUUGAGGUUAUAGAAUAUAUUUUUCCUUACCACCCACCUGUAAGCCAAGGUGGAGUGUCACGAAAGGGCACUAAAACAUUUUGUAUGUGUGUAUGACUUAGUGUUAGAAAAUUAUCUGAUUGUGAUACAAACAUUUUGUAGGGCAUUAUGGAGCUCUUUAUUAUUGUCAAGUAUAGUAAGUUGUGUGACAAAAAAAAAUAUAGAUAUGUUUAAUAUAACAAUAAAUGGAAUGGAUACCCACUAUCCGGGGUUGAACUCCCGACCUGCGGAAUCAAUCUCUUAGCAGCAUGUGACCAGUCCGCUAGACCGUUCAACCAUCUAGGCAAGUCAAUAAAACUUGCUUUCAAUGACAUUGGAAUUCCUGUCACAUUGUCUCACACAACAUAGUCAUUGAUAAAGGAAAUGGGGUGCAGUCAUUUGACGUGAAUUUAAGAGGAUCAUAUAUGAUAUACAUUAUAUUUGAAAUGUUUUAUAUAUUUCUUCAUUACACAUGAAUGUACUUUUACCUGUUUUACAGGUGAAAUAUAUGAUUAUUUACCUGCUAUUGAUAUCAAAUUAAAAAUUUAUUUGUGAAUAUAUGUUACCUAAAAAUAUUGUUUUUAUAUAUAGAAUUUCUUCAAUGGCUUUAAAAAGUCACCGAAUCCAAAUUAUUUUUGAAUCCCAAAAAGAGGGUAUCAAAUGUACACAGAUCAUGCUGUGUUUGUCAUUGUAUAAAAUCAUACAAUUUUAUCCGUUGUAUUCAUGUAGAAUGGGAGUGAAUCUUGUGAGAAGUAUAUAUACACCAGUUUUGUCUGUAGAUAUGUGCUCUUGUAUGUCUGUCUGUCUGUGGAAUGUGAGAGGUUUACGGUUUGUAAGUGUUUCUUUGUGUGUAUGUCUGUCUGUGUGUGUGAAGAUCCCCAGCCAUUUUUAUGAGAUUUCAUGACCAUGCCUUUUGCUUCUGGAUAUGGCCAUCCUUGUUUUUGUUCACACUGUAGCCUCUGUUACACUGGUGUAUCGGGACUUUUUUUAUAUAUUGAUAACGGUGUUAAUAAUUUAUUAUGGUUGAAGAUGUUUACAGUGACCUCUUAUUAUAUUAUAUAUUUUUAUUAUGAACAGUUGAUGAUAAAUAAAACUUGUUACAAUGCAUCAA